CUAACUAAUACUAGGUAGUAUACUUGGGUACCGCCAAAAUCCGCAUCAUACCUGAAAGCGGGGAUAAGAGCGGGAGGGUAACAUAUGAUAGGUAACACUAAGUUCCGGGUUCCAGCCUUGCGUGUCGGAGCUGCCUUGAGCUUUACAAACCUUAGAAGUAGAACUCAAUGAAGCUGUUUCCUUCCAUACCUACAACCACCAACUAAAAGUUUGGAACAUUCAACACGACAAUCCAACCGACCAGACACCGAUCAACGAACUCGAUUAAUCUACCUCCGUAGUAAUCUGACCGCUUUCCGAACUUGCGCUAUUCAUUCUACCUUACACUAUCUUCACCAUUCCCACAAGAUGGAGUUCGGCACCAGGGGAGUUUUGAAUGAGGAUGGAAUUCAUGUUGAUAUGGAGAGAUUAAAGAAGGGCGAAGUCAAUCUUGGUACUUCGAUUAUGGCCAUUACUUUCAAGGAUGGUGUCAUUCUCGGCGCCGACUCGAGAACCACCACCGGUGCAUACAUCGCAAACCGAGUCACUGACAAGUUGACCCAAGUUCAUGACACCAUCUGGUGCUGCCGAUCCGGCUCGGCUGCCGAUACGCAAGCCGUCGCCGAUAUAGUACAAUACCAGCUGGGCAUGUUCGCGAUGCGGAACGGAAAGCCCCCCACCACUCAGACAGCUGCGGCCAUUUUCCAAGAAGUUUGCUAUUCCAAUAAGGAUCGGCUGAGUGCGGGACUCAUCAUCGCGGGCUGGGAUGAACGACACGGCGGCCAAGUCUAUGCUAUUCCUCUCGGAGGUUCUCUACACAAACAAUCUUACUCAAUCGGCGGCUCUGGCUCGACUUAUAUAUAUGGCUAUUGCGAUGCGAACUGGAAGGAGGGCAUGGAAGAGAAGGAUGCCGUCAACUUCGUAAAGGGGGCCUUGCAGGAGGCGAUCAAGUGGGAUGGCAGCUCAGGAGGUGUCAUUCGCAUGGUGGUGCUAACAAAGAAGGGCGCAGACCGGCACUUGUACUUACCUGAUGAGAAGUACGAGGCGCGGCAUUAAUAGAUGGCAUUGAAGGCAGCCAUGAAGAUGCGAGACCCAGUUGCGUUUUGAGGGUUGGGCGUGCCUGUGCCGUGUAGAGUAUCGCCCAAACCCACAUUAUCGUGGGCCCUCUAGGUGCGUAG